AUGGAUGGUAUGGGGGACGCUCCCGACGGCAUGGGCUACGAUAUGCCCAUGCUGAUGAACCAGCAGCCCAAUCUCUUCGGCGCCUACGCCCACGAAGGCUCCCCCAUGCUCGCAGGGCUGUCGAAUCCCUCCUACGAAAAUGAACCGACGAUGGGCGCAAACGAGGACAACAACGAUGCCAAACGACGGCGGAUCGCGAGGGCUUGCGAUAUGUGUCGGAAGAAGAAGAUCAAGUGCGACGGGAAAAUGCCCAAAUGCUCGCAUUGUAUGAAUUACAAGACCGAGUGUGUCUUUACGCAGGUCGAGAAAAAGCGCAAUCCUCCCAAAGGUGCCAAAUACAUUGAAGGUCUGGAAAAUCGAUUGGGUAGAAUGGAAUCGUUGUUGCGACUUUCGGGGCUUUUGUCAGAAGACGAUGGAGGGAAAACCGACCUGGGAACGCUGGAGAAACGCCUCGCGGAUCGAUCGUUGGCGAGUGGAGGCGGUUUGAAUGCAAUCAGGAGUCCAAAUCGAUUCAACGCCUCGACUUCGGCCACACAGUCGCAACACAACACCGCAUCGCGACACUCUACCCCGCGUGUGGAUUCUCAGUCCAGCCCGCGCACGGCGGCGACUUCUCCCGACUCCCCCAAGGAAUCCGAACCCGAGGUGGAAGGUCUGUCUGAUAUGAUGUGCUCGCUUGUGACGAACAACUGCGGCGAGACGCGUUAUAUUGGAUCGUCCUCGGGUUUCUCCAUCUUCUCGCCCAAGGGUAUUCAAUGGGUCAACGAGAAGACAGGCGACACGUCGUUUCAAGAUAUGAUAUCCUCCGCCUAUGUCGAUGACAACAAAUGGAUGUACUGGAAGCCCGAAAUCUUCAGCGACAUUUUCGCCCGUCGCGUUUUCAAACCGCUACCGCCAAAGGAGGAAGCGCUGUCCCUGUUUCGGGAUUUCUUCGAAAACUUCAAUUGCAUGUUCCCGUUGUUCCACGAGCCGACUUUCAUGCAUCUAGUGGAGCGCCAGUACUCCCGAGAUCCAUUCGAAGGGUCCGGUUGGUGGGCCAGUAUCAAUGUCGUCCUUGCCAUCUCUCAUCGAUUGCGGGUCAUGAGCAAUCUGGUUCCCCACGAAGAAGACAAGAAAGCUUGGCUGUAUCUGAAAAAUGCCAUGGGAGUUCUGACCGAGCUCACCAUGCGAAAUACCGACCUACUGAGCGUCCAGGCGCUGUUGGGCAUGUCACUCUUCCUACAAGGCACGCCAAAUCCUCAACCCUCAUUUUUCCUCGUCGCGGCAGCCAUCAGGUUGUCUCACAGUAUCGGCCUUCACAAACGAGGCUCAGGCUUUGGCUUGAACCCGGUCGAAGUCGAACAACGAAAACGGGUCUUUUGGAUUGCCUACCUGCUUGAUAAAGAACCUCCUGUGCAGGAUGACGAUGACAUGAACGUCGAGCUCCCGAGUGAGGAUCCGCCAGAUAAUAUCGGCAACGUCCCGCUCUCUGAUGGCAAGAGCAAAUUCAACCUGUUCCGGUCGAUGUGCCAGUUUGCCACCAUCGAAAGUCGCGUGUACAAACGACUUUACUCCGCCAAAGCAUCGAAACAGUCCGACGGUGAGCUGCUUAAUACGAUCGGCGAGCUUGACAAGGAGCUCGAAGAAUGGAAAGAUAGCAUUCCUCUUGAUUUCCGGCCGGAACACGAGAUCAAGGCUACACACACACCCCUUAUUCUGCACGUCGUCGUCCUUCACUUCGCCUACUACAACUGCUUAACGACAAUCCAUCGCAUGUCGGUACACCACGGUUAUUGGACUAGUCGAUUGUCCAAUUAUGCAAUCCAAGGCUUGAACGCCCGGCCGCUGAACCCCAGAGUCUUCCUAUCGGCCGUUCUUUGUGUCACGGCUGCGAGAGCAUCUAUCAAUCUGAUCAAAUACAUCCCGCAAGGAGACUUUGCUUGUGUCUGGUUGAUUCUCUAUUAUCCGGUUUCAGCACUUGUCACUUUAUUCGCAAAUAUUCUUCAAAAUCCAAACGAUGCUCGAGCUCGGUCAGAUGUCAAGUUGAUGAACGUCGUCGUCAAUUUCCUCUCGACGCUCGUCUCCGACGAAUCCAAUGGCAGCAUCAAGCGUAUGCUUGGUCUCUGUGGUGAAUUCGAAAGAAUCGCGCAGGUUGUGUUGGAUAAAGCCGAGCGCGACUCUCAUUCCAAGAAGAAGCGCAAGACUGCCCCUGAAGAGACACGGAACUUGCCUCAAGGGACGCCGGAGGAGAAUCCCACCCCCUCUCCAUCGACUACGAAACCGCCCGAUCCACCGCCUGCUACUGUGCCCUUCCCGCCGUCUGUAUACCCGGAUGGCCUAAGAAGCGACGGCCCAAACAUGUCGAAUCACGCGAGGCCGUUCAGUCCCGACCAAACCGUUCCCGUCACCAGCGGUCUAGCUGACAACAUAAUGUCUGGGAUGGGACAGGAUUUCCCGGAUAUGCUCAGUCCUCACACGAUGGGCUUCGGUCACGCGACUCCAUUCCCUUCCACCGAUAGCCCUUUGACAUCCUUCCAGCAGCCUUUCGUCCCCCAAGAUCUUUGGCAGAUGCCGAUGACCAUUGAAUGGGACUGGGCCGAUAUGUCGUCUAAUUUUCCCGUGUUCGGCACUGAGGCGCCCCCUCAGAAUGGACCUUGA